AUGCAGGCGGAGCGAGGGCAGCGAGGAGGUCGCGGCGGCCGCGGCAGGCGGCCCGGCGGGGACCGCGACCGCGAGCGGCCCGGCUCCGCGGCGGCGGGGGCGAGAGGCGACGGGGGCGGCCGCCGGGGCCGCGGCCGGGGCUCCCGCGGCAGCCGUGGAGGCCGAGGAGGAGCCCCGCGAGGCGGCCGCCGGGAGCCGGCAGGCCGGGGCGCCGGCCCCAGCGCGCCGGUUGAAGAUGACAGCGAUACAGAGACUUGUGGAGGAGAGAGUGACAAGCAGGGAAGCUAUUCUAGAAGGAAGAUCGUCUCUAACUGGGAUCGUUAUCGAGAUAGUGAAAAAGAGGUGAAUGAUGAAGGAGGAGAGUCUCAGAGGGGGACAGACUUCAGCGUCCUCCUUAGCUCCGCAGGGGAUUCCUUCUCACAGUUCCGGUUUGCUGAAGAGAAAGAAUGGGAUAGUGAAGCUUCAUGUCCAAAACAGAAUUCGGCGUUCUACCUGGACAGCGAGUCACUGGUUCGAGCCCUUCAGGAACUGCCCCUCUCUCUCCGACUCAAUGUUGCUGCCGAGCUGGUCCAGAGCACUGUUCCUUUAGAGCUUCCUCAAGUGAAACCAAGGAGACCAGAUGACAGCAAGGGCACAGGGAUGCAGUUAAAGGGGCCCCUCUCUGAGCUGAGAUCUGCCGCCUGCCCCAGGCCCCUCGGUCCUUCCAGUGGUCCUCAGAAACCGGCUUCCUCCCCUGAGUCUGCGGCAGACCAUUUGGAAGAGGAACUAGAUCUGUUGCUUAAUUUAGAUGCACCUGUGAAAGAGGAAGAUAACUUACUAGGCAAGACAUCUCAGGACCUGAAAGCUGAGGAAGAUGGGGAGAUGGCCCAAGAGGAAAAAGUUCCUGCAAAGCCAUCUGGGGCUGAAGAAAAGAAAGUGGAACCUGAGCAAGCAAGUACAUCCAAAACUGUCACCGAAGAAGAGCUGGAGGACUGGUUGGACAGCAUGAUUUCCUAAACCCACACAAGCAAACAAAAAGUGCCUGAAGAAAAUGGUGGUUGCCUUCUCCGUGAGGGCAGGCAUAAGGCUAGUGUCCAGGAACCGCGGGUUUACAAGCAUGCCCCAGGCCAGGGGGUUCCAUUAUGCUUACAGCAGUCAGUGCCUACCUCUGAUUGACAACACCCGAACAUGUACGAGGCAUUUGUCUUCUGGCUUAAUGCUGUAAUAAGCUUCCUUAAGGACAGGGGAUGGUACUGCCCUUGUCCCCAGCCUUCUUCCUCUUCCUGUUUACAUUGAAGCAGGUGCUGCUGAUUAAGGGAAUAGAUGCAGGCAACAUUGGCCAAAAUAAACAAACCCUGGUCUGUGAUUUUUUUCCCUCCUCCUGUUUCUUUUGUGAGGCCUUAGGUUCUUUGUCAUAUUUCUUUCCCCAGUAGUCACAGUGUAGCUGUGGAUCCAACAGCAGUGGCGCAUUGCAAGAAGCCAAACGUGGAGUGGUAUGUAUUACUUUAUUGCAGUGGGCACUUUGAUUUGCAGAGAUUCACCUAAACAUUGCAGCUCCACUACUUACAUGGGACCCUAAAGCAUUACUCAAUUUUGGCAUAAGAUUGAGAGUUUUCUGAAUUUUCAGUACAGUACUUUUCUUCUAAUAACAGCAGUUGACAAGCUGUUACUGAAAAAGAAAUCAUAUGAAGAACUUUCAAGUGCAAUUUCAUAAAGACAGAAGAUCAACACAACUAAUUAAUGGAACUGUCUUUCUGGA